AUGGGAAAUGUUGAAAAACAAAAGGGUACAACUCAUACUGCACAAGGUACGAUUUCUACGCCAGCACUUCUCCAAAGCCUUUACCUCUAUUUAUACCUCACAUUCGAAUUCGAUGUCUUCACUGCUCAUCUAACAAUGUCGGACUGCCAAGGAAAGAGUUCAUGGCCGGAGCUGGUUGGAGCGAACGGAGGAGCUGCAGCGGCGACGAUUGAAAGAGAGAAUCCACGUGUCGACGCGAUGGUGAUACUGGACGGAACUCCGACGACUGGGGAUUUCCGGUGCGAUCGUGUGAGGGUGUGGGUGAACUCUAGUGGCGUCGUUCUUCGAACUCCUAGAAUUGGGUAGGUUCGCCGGUGCCCCCUAUCCCUCUUAUGUAAAAUUUAUGGCUCUGUUACUCUUUAAGAGCUUGAUGUUUUGAGGGAAAAAUAAAGUGAAAUGUACGAAUGCAUUAAUAAAUAAAAUGUGUAACAUGUGUGUUUAAUGUAUGUCAGUAUGUAUAUCGACUUUUGAAUUACUUAUGUUUAUUUCAUAUUAUCUAUCAUUCAUCAUUUGCUUAUAGGCU